AAAACAUGAAAUAACAAGCGCCAUCUUACCGGUGAUAGUAGGUAGUUUUUGUUAUGUUUUGUACUGCUUUUAGCUGACAUUUUGCUUGGUAGGGAAAUUCGUGUCUCUGCUUCCACCAUGGCGGGUGCUCUGCUGGAAUUUGAGACCGAAAUGUUCCUGAGUUUGCUGGGCUGUGACGGACUGCUGGUAGUGGCGGAAGGGAUGGGAAUAGACCGCAUCCUGCUGCAGUUCAUGCGGGUGUACUCGGAGCAGGGCAGCCUGGUUCUCCUGCUCAACACAACCACACCUGAACAGGAGUACUUCACGGAGCAGUUGCGAAUAGAGGGAGUGAGCCACUUGCCCAGGACGGUGACUAGCGAAGUCCAAGGUAGCGAACGAUACAACGUCUACACCGACGGAGGCGUGCUGUUUGUCACCAGUAGAAUCCUGGUGGUCGACUUCCUGACAGACCGUAUCCCAGCCCAUCUUAUAUCAGGCAUCCUGGUGUACCGCGCUCACAAAAUCAUUGAGUCGUGUCAGGAAGCGUUCAUCCUGCGCCUGUUCCGACAGAAGAACAAGACAGGAUUCAUCAAAGCCUUCACUGACAAAGCCAUUGCCUUUUCCUCGGGGUUCUGCCAGGUGGAGCGUGUGAUGAGGAACCUCUUUGUCAAAAAGCUCUACCUCUGGCCCAGGUUUCAAGCUUCAGUAAACACAUCACUCGACAGACACAAGCCAGAUGUGGUGGAGCUCCAUGUGUCACUGACGCCAGCGAUGAGGGCCAUCCAGAGCUCCAUCCUGGACAUAAUGAGCGCUUGUCUGAAGGAGCUGAAACGCUAUAAUCCCACCCUGGAGGCUGAGGAUCUCUCCUUGGAGAACACGCUUAGCAAUGCCUUUGACAAGACCAUCCGCCAUUACUUGGACCCCUUGUGGCACCAGCUGGGAUCAAAGACUAAAGCACUGGUUCAGGACCUGAAAGUACUCAGGGUUCUGCUGCUCUACCUCACCCAGUACGAUUGUGUCACGUUCCUCAAUCUUCUCGAGUCCCUCCGCUCCAGUCAAAAGAACUUUGGCUCCAACUCAGGGUGGCUCUUCCUCGACUCCAGUACCUCCAUGUUUAUGAACGCCAGGAGCCGAGUUUACCGCAUCCCAGAGAACAAGAAGAAACUUAAAGUAGAUGCUGGAGCAGAGAAAACUCUGCCAUCCUCCACCUCAGAGGUGAAGCGGGAGCUGGUGCUUGAGAAGAGUCCCAAGUGGGAUGCUCUGACUGAGGUCCUGCAGGAGAUUGAGACGGAGAAUAAGAGCUCUCAGUUUGAACAAGGUCGUGUGCUGAUCUGCGCUAGUGAUGACAGGACUUGUGCCCAACUGCAGCAGUACAUCAGGCAUGGCGCUGAACGGCUCCUGAACAGACUGUACAUCCGCACCAUCGCUAAGCGAGAUCCAUCAGCUCCCUCUGGUUUUGAUCUGGCAACGCACAAAAAAGGCAAUGGCUGCCUCAAAUGCGGGUCCAAGGGGAAGGACCAAGGGUCAUCCAAAGGCAAGGAGCCUUUGCGGAAAAAAAAGGCCACCAAGACCAGGCCAUCCCUGACCUUGACACAGAUGAUUGGGAAAGAGCAGACGGAUGAACCAGUAGUGAUGGGCAGCAGUGAGGAUGACAUGCCUGGAGAAGAAGAAGCAGCAUCAGAAGAAGAGGCUCUGAAGCAAGAUUUAUCAUCUGAUGCUUACUACGCUGUACUGAAGGAGCCCCUGAUGGUCAUUCACCCCCUGAAGGGCUGCACCGACCCCCACAGCCUUACUCGGGUGCUACAUGAAGUGGAGCCCACUUUUGUGGUGCUUUAUGAUGCUGAAGUCAGCUUUGUGCGCCAGCUGGAGAUCUACAAAGCCUGUCGGCCUGGAAAACCACUCAGGGUGUAUUUCCUCAUCUAUGGGGGUUCGACGGAAGAACAGAAGUACCUGACUGUGCUGUCCAAGGAGAAGAAAGCCUUUGAACACCUAAUUAGAGAAAAAGCGAAUAUGGUCAUUCCAGAGGAGAGGGAAGGCCGAGAAGAUACCAAUUUGGACCUUGCCAGGAAUUUAGAGCCUGCCAAUGCCACCACCAACACUCGCAAAGCAGGAGGUCAGGACCAGCCCAAAGAGCCCUCACGGGUCAUCGUAGACAUGCGUGAGUUCCGUAGUGAACUACCCUCCCUACUUCACCGCAGGGGCCUGGACAUCGACCCUGUCACUUUAGAAGUAGGUGACUACAUCUUGACGCCGGACGUAUGCGUGGAGCGCAAGAGCGUCAGUGAUCUCAUCGGCUCGCUGCAGAGUGGUCGCCUGUAUACCCAGUGCCUCUCCAUGAGCCGCUAUUACAGAAAACCAGUGCUGCUCAUCGAGUUUGACCCAGCAAAACCCUUUUCCUUAAUGGCCCGGUCCGAUUUCCGCCACGAGAUAUCGUCUAAUGACGUUUCCUCCAAACUCACCUUACUCACGUUGCAUUUCCCACGCCUUCGCAUUCUCUGGUGUCCCUCCCCGCAUGCCACGGCUGAGCUCUUUCUGGAGCUGAAGCAAGGUCGCUUAGAACCAGACGCCGCUGCAGCUCAAGCGGUCACGGCCGAAUCGGACACGGUGUCUGAAUCGGCAGAGCUCUACAACGCCGGACCUUAUGACUUCCUGCUCAAGAUGCCAGGGGUAAGCACGAAAAACCUUCGAGCUCUUAUGAAAAGCGCUGACAGCCUGGCUGAUCUAGCCAGACUCAGUCAGGAUAAGCUAGCAGAAAUACUUGGGAAUGCAAACAAUGCUAAAUUACUCUAUGAGUUCCUGCAUAAUGUUGCAGGUGUUCAAGCUCCAGCACACAGGAUGAAAUAAACUCCACUCCAUUUUAUAUCACGGGCUGAUUUUACAUCUUAUAUAUUAAGUCUAAAGAUUUUUUUUUGUCCAAUGGGAGUGUACUGAUCAAACCGAAGUAAUUAUAAAUAAAUAUUGCAAUUGUGGAUUAAUUUUAUGAGAAAAUGUAUUUUUUCAAAAUAAAUGUCCUUUUUUUUACAUUUGCAGUGUUGUCUCCAGUUAAGUGUACAGUAAUUACCUAUUUUAUGCCCUAAAAAAGUGUCUGACAUGA